AUGGAUGCCGUUGGUGAACCUGAAAUGGAACUUGCCGUGGAACAGCAGCGCAAACUUGUCCCAGAACCCGACUUUGGGACUUGGGUCGAGCGGCGGCUUGGAAAGCACGUCAAAACUGUCCAUGGCGUAGCCCAGUGCCGGCUGCAACCCGGGAUACCACGAAACUAUGGCGUUUUUGCUCGACUGCACGUCAACCUUCAUGUCCGUGUAGAACUUGACGUUGGUCAUGGUCCUGGAAACGUGCACCGCAAACAUGUUAUCCGUGCAGUCGGGGUCCUUAUACUGCGAAACAAGCGGCACAAAGUUGUACCUGAGUUCUUCCUCGACGUAUAUUUGUUCUGCAACCACAAAGUCGCCGCUCAGAUGGACCGUAUUGGAGCCGUCGUCCUGGCCCCCGCCAAACGACAGGAACGGAAUCGGAUAGUCCUUGAUCUGCACCGUCAGUCGCGAACAGAAGAUGUCCAGGUUGACAGGGAAAAAGAUACCGUACCGCAUGUCGUAGGGCAUGCCUUUUCCAACGGUGUGCAUGAACUGCUUGUAAUUUUCGAGUCCGAAAUGGGGCUCGUCAAAGUCCCAGCGCAGAUUGGCCAACUCGAACGAAAACAGCGCGGCAACAGAGUUUGUGCCAAUCACAGGGUACUUGUCGGUGAAGGUUUUGCUAAUGGCCGGGUCUUCGCCGCCUCUCACUUCUCUGAGUCGCUGGUAAUGUGCUGCUCCGUUGACUCGUUGAUGGGCCUUGACUCUGACAAUCCACGAUUUGCUGAUAUUGCUCAGCAAACGCAGCCGUGGAAGCUCGAUCAGUUCCUUCACUUUGGCCAAGUACUGCGUAUAUUGCUCCACGUCGUCGCCCAGAACCUCGUUGGCCAGCCGCGAACUGGUCUUGGUGUGGUUGAACCGCGGCGUCGACUUGGAUCGGUAGUUUUGCGGCUGCACGGCCUCGCCGUCCACAAACGUCAGUGCCGGGAACUCGCCCUCGAGCUUUUCGCGAACGUCCUGCUCGUACUUCUCAAAAGCGCUCAUCUUGGUGAGUCGCAGCUUCUGCUCCAUGUGUCCCAGCAAGAAACUUUCGUUCAACAGCGCUUCGAACGGGUCGUCAUGCAUGCAGAACUGGAACUGCCGCGUGUUGACUCUGAUCUUCGGAAAACGCAGCGGCGUGUCCACGAGACUCGGCAUAAUCACAGGCACAGAGAAGUCAGUCUGGGUUUCUGGGGUGUUCAUGAGAUGUUGGAAAUUGACCUCGAUCUUUGUAAACGCCUUGGUCAGCGCACGGAAGUUGUCAAACGUCUCGAAAAAGACGUACUCGAACGGAAUCUCAAACCUGAUCGAGCGGGCGUUCACAAUGGCUAG